AUGAGCACAUCUGUUAACACUAUUGAAAACAGCUUAUCUAAGUUGGGUUUGGAACAACCUGAAUCGCUCCCUGAAUCUCAUCCUACUUACAAUGUCGUUGAUGUAUUGAGAAAUUACAUCUCCAGUGAGUUGAGUCGUAUCUCUGGAGUUGAGAAAAAGAUUAUUUUCGAAGCUUUAGAUACUCCAGCUGUCUUGGAAAAGGGUGACUUGAUCAUUCCAAUUCCUAGAUUAAGAUUGAAGGGUGUUAACCCUAAGGAAAAGGCCGAAGAAUGGGCAAAGGAAUUCCAAGCAGGUAAAUACUUGAGUGAAGUUAAAGCUGAAGGUCCCUUUAUGCAAUUUUUCUUUGCAAAGGAUCUUUUGUUUAAUUUGGUCAUCAAGGAUACCUUAACUAGAAAAACUGAAUAUGGUUGUUUACCUUUAGGCCAAGGAAAGAAGGUUAUUAUUGAAUUCUCGUCACCUAACAUUGCUAAGCCAUUCCAUGCUGGUCAUUUAAGAUCAACUAUUAUUGGUGGGUUCUUGGCCAACUUGUAUGAGAAGGCAGGUUGGGAAGUUGUUCGUAUGAACUAUUUGGGUGAUUGGGGUAAACAAUUUGGUUUAUUGGCUGUUGGAUUUUCCAAGUAUGGUUCUAAAGAAUUGUUGGAAACUGACCCAAUUAACCAUUUAUUUGAAGUCUAUGUUAAAGUAAAUAAGGACAUCACUGAAGAAGGUGAAGAUUCACCCACCAAUGAAGCUGCUAAACAAUAUUUCAGAAGGAUGGAAGAUGGUGAUGAAGAGGCUUUGAAAUUGUGGAAGAAAUUCAGAGAGUUAUCUAUUGAAAAGUAUAUUGACACUUAUGCCCGUCUUAACAUUCACUACGAUCGUUAUUCUGGUGAAUCUCAAGUUAGUAAAGAAAAGAUGAAGAGUGCCACUGAUCUCUUUGAGGAAAGAGGUUUAAUUCAUAUUGAUAGAGGAGCCAAAUUAAUUGAUUUGACCAAGUUCAACAAGAAAUUAGGCAAAUGUCUUGUGGCCAAAUCCGAUGGUACUUCGUUGUAUUUGACAAGAGAUGUCGGUGAAGCCAUCCAACGUUACGAGACUUAUAAGUUUGACAAGAUGAUUUAUGUUAUUGCUGCUCAACAAGAUUUGCAUUGCCAACAAUUUUUCGAAAUUGUUAAGCAAAUGGGUUUCGAAUGGGCCAAAACUUUGGAACAUAUUAACUUUGGUAUGGUCCAAGGUAUGUCUACUCGUAAAGGUACUGUUGUCUUUUUGGAUAAUAUUUUGGAAGAAACCAAGGACAAGAUGCAUGAAGUUAUGAAGAAGAAUGAAGCCAAAUAUGCCCAAAUUGAAGACCCAGAAAAGAUUGCUGAUUUGGUUGGUAUUUCUGCUGUUAUGAUUCAAGAUAUGCAAUCCAAGAGAAUCAACAAUUAUGAAUUCAAAUGGGAAAGAAUGUUAUCCUUUGAAGGUGACACUGGUCCAUACUUGCAAUAUGCCCACAGUCGUUUGAGAUCUGUUGAAAGAAACAGUAGCAUUCCUGAAUCUAAAUACAUUGAAGCUGAUCUUAGUUUAUUGACUGAACCAUGUGCUGCUAACUUGGCUAGAAUCUUGGCUCAAUACCCUGAUGUUAUUCAAAGAGCUUUGAAGACCAGAGAACCUUCAACCAUUGUUACUUACUUGUUUUCUUUGACUCAUGUUGUUUCACAGUGUUAUGAUAUCUUGUGGGUUGCUGGUCAAGAAGAGGAUUUGGCUACUGCUAGAUUGGCAUUAUAUGCUUCUGCUAGACAGGUGUUGUACAAUGGUAUGACAUUGUUGGGAUUGACUCCUGUUGACAGAAUGUAA